AUAGACGCCAUCUGCCUUAGAGGCAACAUACCCAUUCUUUGUGGAGGCACAUCGUACUAUGCAGAGGCGGUGCUACAAACGUCUCUCAUCGACGAGGAAGAUGGGCCACCCGCCGUUGAUCCUCAUCACUUAGCCGGAAACGAGCAGGACUACGACUUCUCGACACUACUACGAAUUGACCCCGAAGCAGCGGUCAAUCUGCACCCAAAUAACUCAAGGAAGGUGCGCCGAGCACUGGCUGUAUACUACCAGACAGGCAUCACGUAUACACAGUGGAUACAACGCCAACGAGACAGGUGA